UCCUCACUUCUCACUCUCUCCAGCCAGAGAACAGAACAGCAAGCCUCCUCUACAAUCAUGUCUGCUUCAUAUGGUUACAUGUCCUCUGGAGGAUCCAUGGGAGGAUCCCGCAUGUCCAUGUCCGGUGGUGGUAGUCGUGUGUCUGGCAUGUAUGCAGGCAGCAUGCACGGGGGAGCCGGAGGAUAUGGAACACGUAUCUCAAGCACCUCUGCUUCUCAUUCCUUCUCUGCUGGAGGAGGUGGUGCUGGUUUCGGUGGUGGUGCUGGUUUCGGUGGCGGUGCUGGUUUCGGUGGUGGCGCUGGUUUCGGUGGUGGCGCUGGCUUCAACCUGUCUGAUGCUGUUGAUGUGUCUGCAAACGAGAAAGCCACCAUGCAAAACCUCAAUGACCGUCUGGCCACCUACCUGGAGAAGGUGCGCUCCCUAGAGAAGGCCAAUGCUGAUCUUGAGCUGAAGAUUCGCCAGUUCCUGGAGAGCAAGACGUCCCCCUCUGCUCGUGACUACAGCGCCUAUUACGCUACUAUCAGUGACCUCCAGAACAAAAUCCAGGAUGCCACACGUGUAAAUGGAGGCAUCUACCUCAGCAUUGACAAUGCCAAGUUGGCUGCAGAUGACUUCAGGGUCAAAUAUGAGAAUGAGCUGAGCAUGAGGCAGUCUGUAGAGGCAGACAUUGCUGGCCUGAGGAGGGUGCUGGAUGAGCUGACAAUGGCCAGAUCUGACCUUGAGAUGCAGAUUGAGGGUCUAAAAGAAGAGCUGAUCUUCCUCAAGAAGAACCACGAGGAGGAACUCUUGGCAGCACGUGCCCAGAUGAGUGGACAAGUCAAUGUAGAGGUAGAUGCAGCACCACAGGAAGACCUGUCCAAGAUCAUGGCUGAAAUCCGUGACCAAUACGAGGCAGUUGCAGCCAAGAACCGCAAAGAACUUGAGGCCUGGUUCCAGGCUAAGAGCGAAACCCUCAACAAAGAAGUCGCUGCAAGCACAGAAAACCUUCAAACGUCCAAAUCAGAAAUCACAGAGCUUAAACGCACACUUCAGGGUCUUGAAAUCGAGCUACAGUCACAACUCAGUAUGAAAGCGUCGUUAGAAGGCACUUUGGCAGAAACACAGUCCCGCUAUGCCAGCAUGUUAAACGGUUACCAAAUGCAGGUGACCAGCAUGGAACAGCAGCUGGUGCAGCUUCGUGGCGAUCUGGAGCGUCAAAGGCAAGAGUACCAGAUGCUUCUGGACAUCAAGACCAGACUAGAGAUGGAGAUUGCAGAGUACAGAAGACUUCUGGAUGGGGAGGCUUCUGGAAGUGUUCAAACCACACAAUCCUCAUCCACAUCCUCAUCCACAACCUCAACUACACGCAAAGUGGUCACCAUUGUAGAGGAGGUGAAAGACGGCAAAGUGAUCUCCUCCACUCAGGCUGUGACUGAGACCAAGUGAGAUUUCAAACAAGAACAACCAGCAUGAGAUGAAACCACUCUUGA